UAUUUUCUCAUUAGCUCUGUUCUAAGCAGUUUUACACAUAUAAUCAGACAAUGUUAAGUAAAGCACAUGUAAGUAGAGGUGGUGUAUGCCUUGACUAUGUAAACCUUUGGCUGUGUUACUGUUGUGUUUGCUUUUGGUGUGGCUGAAGCUGUGACGUUGGGCUCCAUUACAUUAGCAUUAUCAAUGUGCCGUCACUCUGGAAAGCGAUAUGGGACACCACAGUGCCAGCCUCCUCAGGUUAGCACUACAGUUGCUAACAUCUUUUAUUAUGCAGCACUUGAUGUGGAUAUAUGGCAGGUUGCUCAGUGUUUAGAGAUCUUGUCUUGAAUAUAUUGUAAUAUUGUUCUCCAGGUUCUAAGUCCCAGUUCCUCUCAACAGACCCUGAAGAGAGACUUUUAUUAAAUAAACAUUUUAUUAAAUAACUUAAAAUUCUUAAAAACAAUAGCAGACAUGCACAUGCAUGGCUGAACAUGCUUACUGCCUGGCCCAGUCCUGUUUGGAUUAAAAAUAUCAGCUUGAUAGCUUGAUCUUCUGAGUGAUACUUUCAGCUUGACAGAUCCUGUACUUGAGAAUAUUAGACCAUGAACCCUCCUGUUACGUCUACUCAAAAAAAAUCUAAUUAAUUUGUGUAAGAUCUCUCUAGCUGAGAAAUUCACAGCUUUGCCAUGCCAUUCCAUGGUUAAACAUCUACCAGUAAGCCCAUCUACACUGGCCAUGCUGUACAGUUUCAAAACUAAGACAUGCUCUGAUGAUUUAAAAAGCAGUUAAGGACUCCAAAGCCAUCUCUAUGUGUUGAGUGUCCUUGCAUGAUCAAGUAGGUGAACACAAGACAGCAUGAAGGGCAGGAGGAGGGGACGAUAGAGGAACGGAGAAACAUAAGCUGACGGAGAUGUGCAAGAGGAGGGAGGGAAUAGGAGUGAAGGAUAUUUAAGACCUGGAGAUGCUCUCUCCUCAUCCGUUUCUUUGCUUCUUUCUAUCAGUCUGCAUCUCUGGCUCUUUGUCACAGACAAAGGAGGCUCUUCAGCAACACUCAGUAGCUUGGCAAGCCUGGAGACAGAAGAACCAAGAUGCCACGCUCAAAUUGUGAUGUCAUGUCUAAAGAACCAAGCACUAACCUGGAGAGCGCCAUGCAGAUGCUCAUCAAGACCUUCCAUAAGUAUUCUGGGAAAGAAGGUGACAAAUUCACGCUUAGCCGAGGGGAGUUAAGAGAACUACUGACAGAGGAAUUGGGAAACUAUCUAGGGAAUGCACAAGACAAGGAUGCCGUGGAGCGAGUGAUGAGUGACCUGGACGCCAAUAAUGAUGGUGAGGUGGACUUCACUGAGUUCAUCAUCCUGAUGGGCGCACUCACCGUGGCCUGCAAUGACUUCUUCCUUGACAGUCCACCACCCAAGAACAAGCCUGAGUCAAAGUCAGAUGUGAAGGAUGGAGAGAAUAAAGAGUAAUGAGGGCAUGAGAAUGGGAGCAUGAGAGAGAAAUGUAUCAGGUUGUUUCUGUAGCCAGGAGUGACGGUCUGAGAAGAAACCCAUCUGUUUUGAGCUAUUAAUUACUUGAAAUUUCCAAUUAUUAUGCUUGUCAUUACUCAUUACUUUGCCCUAAGCACAUGAACACUUUCAGUAAUUUCAGGAGAAUAUUUGCCCAACGCUAAUCUAAUUCCCCAGGUAUGCAGAAAAGCAACAAUCAGCUGUAGAUGCUUUUGUUUAAAUUAAAUCCUCCUCACGGUACUAAGAUACGUUUCUUCCAUUUUGGCAUACAUUUUGUGAUUUUAGGAAUUGUCCAAAAGUUCUCCUUUAAUUUGAAGAGAAAAUACAUUAAAAAACACAUCUAUUACCCUGACAAUUUAUCACUGAAACUUUCCUGAAAUUAUCACAAGGAAAGCUACUGGAAAUGGUUAGGGUUUGGGUGAAGGGAGGGGUUAACUGUAACCUCAUUUGUAACACAUAGAUUAUUAGCAAUGUCACUGGUGUUGAAUACUUCAAAGUGUUUUGCUUCUUUUCAAGGCAUCUAUUUUGUAGCCUGUUUUGUUAAGUGUUGAUAUGUAUCUUUAUCACUACAAUAAAUAUGUCUAAUGGAUUGUCA